CUUGAUGGGCUAGUUCCUUUAGCAUUGGGAGUUUGACCUGGUUUGACUUUGGACAGAGACCUCUGAUGUUUGCAUAAGAGAAAGAGAUUAGUGGUACAUUCGGUUGCACCCCCUGUCCCUCAUCUCCAGUCUUUCCAGUCUGUCCAUUAGGUAGCCUAUGGUUUUCUGUUGUUGUUUCUCCAUUUCUGUUAUUUUCUGGAAGACUUUGUCUAAAAAAAGAUUCUGUUCUGUCUCCAUGGUUUGGGACUGGUUUGCUGUGGCAUUCUGUCUAUCCUGCUGCUUUUCCAUUGUAGGGUUCACCUUUACUUGCUCCUUUGGGGUGUUGUUCUGCUGAGGAUGAGUUAUGAUGUCGUCCUCUCUCUUUCGUGUUGUUCCUUUUGGGUGCGGGUACCGACAUUUUUCUUCGAAGCAAGUUUGGGUCCAGAUGGCAUUUCGGCAGAUGAUUGGGUGGUAGUCCUGACACCUCCUGCCAAGCGUGCAUCCUAAUUUCUUAUCCAGGCCAUGCCUUAAAAGCUUGGUGCAUGCUUUUGGAUGGUUGUGGCUACAGCCUUCUCCCCUAACUCCAAAUUUGCAAAUAUUCUUCCUAUAGUAUCUGCAGGUCUUGAGAUGCCUUAUGGGGUUGUCUACCUGGGUGGCGUCGGCAGGAGGAGGAGGAGUAAUAGUAGUGGAUUCAGUAGUUAUGGUGCUUGGCCUAGCUUCAUCACCUUUCUGAUCCUUAGAUUCUGUACUCUCCCCUUUUCCAGUGCUUUGUGUUGUUUCUGAACUAGGUAAAUCUUGGGAGCCUAAAGGAGUGUUUUCAUUUUUCUUGCUGUCUUCUAUUUCUUCUGCCUGAGUGUCAUAAUCUGAAUAGUUAAGUUUUACACAGAAUAGACAUGUGUAUCUCCUAUUGGAUUUAGUCAGCACCACUACAUAAUAGGUUGGCAGCUCUGUGCAUAGGUAGUGAGUCCACAUGCUGCAGUUAUUGCACUUAAUACCCAUAUUGCAAUGUUUUUGGCAUUUUGUACAUGGGUAAAUAUCAGUCUUACUUUGGGCUCUGUUGUUUACAUCAGCUGAUGUGGUAGCCUCCAUCUUAGCUUCCUGGUCCAUCCUUCUCUUAUUUUGCUCAAUAUUCUACUGAUGCUUCUACCUCAACUUCAAUCUAUCAAUGAGACGUAAUAGUGAGGGCACCGGCAGGCUGAGAGUAGCGAGAGCAGCCAGGCCUACCUGGCCUACGUAGCCACAACAACAUCUAUAUGUAUAUCUAUAUUUCAAAUUACGUUGUGAAGGAGAAUGUCAGUCUGGUAAUAUCUCGCCAGCUGCUCUCAGACGUCUCUACGCAACUCACAUCCAUGGCUGAUGGUGUGGCAAAGACAGUAGCCCACUUCACUCUUGAUAAAGUUCAGCCUCAAGUCAUCAGCUUUAAGGAACAAGUGGCCAGCAUCAGGCAACACCUUGCUGACAUAUAUGAGAGGGAGAGUUCCUGGAGAGAAGCAGCAGCUGUUCUUACUGGAAUUCCUCUCGAAACAGGACAGAAGCAGUACAGUGUUGACUAUAAGCUGGAAACCUACCUCAAGAUUGCCCGCCUCUAUCUGGAGGAUGAUGACCCAGUGCAGGGAGAGGCAUAUAUUAACAGAGCCAGCAUCCUGCAGGCAGAGUCCAAGAAUGAACAGCUGCUCAUCUACUACAAAGUUUGUUAUGCAAGAGUUUUGGAUUACCGACGGAAGUUCAUAGAGGCAGCCCAGAGGUACAAUGAGUUGUCUUACCGACCCAUCAUUCAUGAGGAUGAGAGGAUGGAAGCUUUGAAGAAGGCUCUCAUCUGUACUGUCUUAGCUUCAGCAGGCCAGCAGCGAUCCAGGAUGCUGGGGACGCUGUUCAAGGAUGAGCGUUGCCAAAAGCUGCCCUGUUAUCAUAUCCUGGAGAAGAUGCACCUUGACAGGAUCAUCCGCCACAAUGAACUCACAGAAUUUCAGAACAUGCUGCAGCCACAUCGGCAGGCCACCACAUCAGAUGGGUCUACCAUUCUGGACAGAGCUGUUACAGAACACAACCUGCUGGCAGCUAGCAAGCUUUAUAACAACAUAACAUUCUCUGAACUUGGGGCUCUCCUUCAAAUAUCUCCAGCAAAAGCUGAGAAAAUAGCCAGCCAGAUGAUUACUGAGGGACGCAUGAAUGGGUACAUUGAUCAGAUUGAUGGCAUCCUCCACUUUGAGGCACGUGAUGUCCUUCCUCAGUGGGAUAAGCAGAUCCAGUCUCUCUGUUUCCAAGUGAAUGGCAUCAUUGAAAAAAUCAAUAUUGCACAUCCAGAAUGGGUGGCUAAGGUUAUGGAUGAACAAAUGAUGCAAUGAUAGAACAAAUUCCAGACUAGUGUUAUAAUUUGUUCCAUCCACACUGGCGGCAGCUUCCAGCUUCAGGCGGGACAGUUGGAGCUCUCGGGUUGAGACGGGCACCAGGGGAGCGAGCCUCUGACGCGCGCCACACCGCCCCUCGCAAACACCACCCGCGCCUCCCUCACACCCUCGCCGAACACAACAAUACCCCAACGGCAGCAGUGGUUUUGUCCUUAAACAAGAUCCUUCAACCCCAAUCACAGGAAGAGGCAGGAGGGAUGCGGCAGACAGCAGAUGAUGGCAGGUGACGGCAGCCUCGUGGUCCUCUUCCCUGUUCCUUGGUGGCGCUGCUUCACUCCUUACCGCCUGGUGUCCCCGCUCGGCUCUUUUCACGACUCGCAACGAGGGAGAAAGGUCGAAGUGCGGUGGUCUCGUGGCGGAAGGCUGAAGGAGGCGGUGAAGGAGUGAAGGUGUGAAGUGUGCAGCUUCCACUUCAUCAUCCCAUGAACAGCCCACAGGAAUCUCUACCAGCACCUGGUUAUUAAACAGUGUUGUCACGCCAGGCCCAAUGUACUCCAUUGCAAUCAGGGAGUCGAGCUUCACCAGGAAAAGAGGCAGAGCGUCACCACCUUCAAGACCCACAAGAGGUAUUAAGUAUCGUUGGGACAAAGCAAUCAGGGAAGAGUCAAGUUGCAGUAAGAAGAGUGUGUCAAGAAUUUCAAGCAGGAAGAACACGUAAAAUUCCCUUCAAGUCAUGGUGGGACCGACAGGCAACCUUCAACACUUGUGGAGGCACGAGAGCUGCAGGCAGUUUCACAAAGAAGAGGUUGCUCCUCACUCAAGUUGAUGCAAGGACACAAGAAUUGGCAAGUGUUGUAGCUCCCAGGCCCUGCUGCAAGAGUUCUCCAGUCCACUCCAGUCUGGGAAGGAAGAAUGUAGCAAGUCCCUCUCUUCUGUACUCAACAACCACCACCACCACCUUCAUUCAGGCUUGGGAUAAGUUUUGUACAUUCCAGCACUUCAGUAAUAAGGAAAAAAAGUGCCAUGUUUAUAUUAUUGUUGUGCAUUUAUUCACUUAACAUUCACAUUAAAACAAUAAACAUUCAGUAUAUCAUCUUGAACAA